AUGGAUCCUAUGUUUGGAAUGACAGCAGUUAGAGAUACAAGAGCUAUGGACUUAGCGAUAUACAAAAACAAAACACAACAAAUGAUUUUAGAAAAACAGAAUACAAGACUACAGAGUGAAUUAAAGCAUAUAAUCACUAAACUAGAUCUAGAAUUAGGUGAUAUUCGAGACUUUUACCGUGAAAACUCUUCGUCCCAACGAGCAGUUGUUUGUCCUCGAGGAUUAUCUUGUGACCAGAAGCAACAUUUUAGAAGGAUCCGUAACAUUAAACAACUCAGCAUCAGUUUGAACGAAUUUGAUGACCGUUUAGAUGACUAUAAACGAAAGAUGGAUUUGCGAAGGUACGGCAAUCCCUUUCUGGUCCCAGCGUUAUAUCUUGAUACAGCAAUAAUAGGUGACUGGACAGUCCCCACAGCAAGCGAUGGAGAGAGUACUGAUGAUACCCCUAUAGAAAGGCGUACAUUGUUAUACCAGAAUAAGACGUUUAUACCACAUGAAAUUUUAUAUGGUUCCAAAAUGACAUUUCAUAGAGAAAAGACCAAUACUUCCCAAAGACCACUGCUAUUAGAUUUUCACAGGCUAAAGUUAACAUAUUAA